AUCUGCCUCAUGGUCAUCAAUGUCUUCUUCCCUCCCCUGUCGGUCGCAAUGCUGUGCGGGUUGGACUGGGACUGCAUACUGAACUGCAUCCUGCUGGUAUGCGCGAUAUUACCGAGCCAUGUUCACGCCUUCUACGUCUCAUGCAUAUACUUCCACCGGCGGCGAAAGGUCAAAAAGGGUCGCUAUCCAGGUGGACCAAAGCCUUUCAUCCACUCGAGUAACGUGUUGAAUGGCGGC